AUGGCCCCGCGCGAGGAGCUGAUUUCCUCCGCGGAUCCGUCGGUCGCCUCGUCGCCUGUUGAGAAGAGAGUCGCGUUCUUGCAAUCCAAGAACCUGACGCAGGAAGAAGUCGACCUUGCCUUGGCUCGGGCGAGCGAGGACCCCUCUGCCGCCGCCACCGCUACAGCAUCAUCACCGCAGGGCUACUCCUCGCAGCAAGUUGCCUACCGACCAUCAUCACAACCACCCCAAGGAUAUGGCUAUCCCCCAUACGGUCAAUGGCAGCCGCCACCAGAGUGCGUCGGAACCCAGUGCUACCCCGAGACUGAAGCUAAUGAGGUCUAA